AUGCGUCUUCUUGUCGUCGCCCUGCUUGCGCUGCUGGUGAGUUGCUUCGCUAGCAGCUCUCACUCCAUCGACGUCUCACCCGCCCUCGAGAUCAUCGAGGGCUACUUCCAUGAUCACUCCAUCAUCGGCCGUGAUGCUACCAAAUGUAGUGUAUCACAGCCCUGUAUCGACGGUGUCUGCUGCAAUGGUCAAGGUUAUUGCGAUCCCCAUACUGCCAAACGCCGCAUCACAUACUAUGCAGCAUCUAACAUCCGCCGCCGUGCCUGCGAGCAGAUCUGGCCUGUCCGCUUGAACACCACUGGUUUCACUCACAUUGUCCUCGGUUUCGCUGUCUUCGAUCCGAAGACUUUCGCGGUUGGCAUGCAGCACCCUGACGAUGGAGAGACUUAUAAACAGUUUCUCCGUUUACCCGAUAACGUUCGGAAGGGAUUGGCCAUCGGUGGUUGGGAAAUGUCAAACGAGGGACCGACGCGCACUGCCUGGUCUGACAUGUCGAGUACCAAAUCCAACCGCAAGGCUUUCAUUGACUCGCUCAAAAAGUUUCUUGACACUUGGAAGUUCACUGGCAUUGAGAUUCAUUGGGAGUGGCCUGGUGCGUCAAAUCGCGGCGGCAACCCAGCCGAUACUCAGAAUCAGGUCGACCUGGUUCACGAGCUGCGUGAAUGCUUCGGCAAGGAUUUUACCAUCUCCGUUGUUCUUCCGGCCCAAAAUGGAUAUCUCAAGAACAUGGCCCCGUUGAAGAUGCAAAACGUCGUCGAUUGGUUCACGGUCUUGACUUACGACUUUCAUGGGCCUUGGGACGCCUUUAUCGACGGUUUGGGACCCAAGAUCAAGCCACACACUGAUCUUGCUGAGAUAAACUCUACCCUCAGCCUGCUAUCAUCUGCCAGUCUCGAUCCUGCCAAAAUCAACAUGGGUCUCGCGAAUUACGGACGUGGUUUUACUGUCGCCAACCAGACUUGCAAGUACUACGGCUGUGAGUUCACCGGCCCAAGCAAAGCUGGUAGCUGCACAAGGGAAGACGGCCUCCUCAGCGCUUGCGAGAUUUCAAGGAUCAUUCGGGAGAGGAAUUUGACACCUCAGGUCAUUUACGGUGGUGCAGGCGUCAAGGAGAUCUCUUGGGAUGAUCAGUGGAUUGGAUACGACGACAAUGACACACUCGCGGCGAAGCUGGGCCUGGCAAACAAGCGCUGCCUCGGAGGCACUUCUCUUUGGGCCAUUGAGCACGAUCACUGCGAUGGAGGAGCCGGCGGGCCACAAGCGCCCCAAAAUCCAGCCCAACCUACCUGGCAUCCCAUCUUCCGCCCCACCGGGUUCAUCCGCUCAACCUGGCCUUUCACCGUUCGCUCCAACAUCGUCCGCAAAUCCUGCGCAGUCUUCUCUACCAUCAUCGAUUGCCUCCACGCAGGUGCAGAUACCAGGACCAAUAUCGCCAUUGCCAUCUCUGUCUCCUUCUCCAGCUCCGUCUUUAGCUCCAGCUCCAUCGUUGUCUCCACUGCCAUUGCCAUUGCCAUCUUUAUCGGCAUCACCAUCUCAGAGUCAGCCUCCAUCCCAGUCUGGAUCGCAUUCGACUGCAUGGACAGCAACUGGAUCUACCGCUGGGUGUUCCCGAGGCCCAUCGAUGUGCAGCCGCCCCACGAAUGUCUACUCCCUGAGAACAUCAACUGGUGUCGGGCUUGGUGGUGGGGUUUCCCUGGAAACAUCGAGCACCAUAACGGUGAUCCGGAUUCGCACUCGGACAGUGAUCCAGACUGUAAGCCAAACGACUGCGUUGCGGAGUGUGCGAUAUGGCGUACUGUCACGUUCUUCAUGUUCAAGCGGCCAGUCUGCCCAUGUGUUCCCAAGAAGUGCGACAAAGAUGGUGAGAGCGACAGUCCCAGCGACAGCGACCGUGACGAUCCCAAGGUCAAGCCUAAGCCAACAUCUCGUCCAAAGGAGAAGAAUCCAAAGUGUAAGUUCCUCGGUUGUGGCUGCGGCUGGAUGGGCCUUUCCUUUGGACCUGGAUGCCCUGGACUCGAGAUCGAAAUCACUUCUCCCUGUGGUCUUUUCGGAUGUAAUCCUUGUGUUUUCUUCGGAUGCCCUGGCACGCAGCCCUCAGGUCUUAUCGGUUACGAUGGAUACUGUCCUGGAGGAGGAUGCGAACCUUGUCCUCCAGAACUUUGCAGUCGCCCUGGCUGUACGAUCUCUGGUGGUUGUGGACCCAAGCCUGGACCAGCACCGACGAAGCCACCGAAUCGUCCUGAUCCGGAAGACUGCGACGACAGCAAGAGGACCGUCAUCACUGAACGCUUCGUGUGGUGCACCAAAGGAUACAAUGUCUCUGCCCUUCCAUCGAGCCUUCGAGGAACUUCUUCGACAAUGGUUUCUUCGCUCUGCUUGCCAAUGAUCGAUGCCACAGUGACCAUGUGUGGUGGUGCAAUGCCUGGAUUCGACACGACGACGACACAGACAGGUACCAAAACGGCCGGUUCAAACGGUCCUGCCUGCACUCGGGCUCCAUUGUCUCUGGAUGACGACGAGGGUGACAACAGCCCGAACGACCCGUUCCACACGUCCAAAACCUUCGCUAGCAACACGACUAACAUGGUUCCGUCUAAGACUUCAUUUUCAUCGCCCAAGACAACCAAGACAUCAUUCGCGCCGCCUGGCCCUAGCCUCGGCCCUAUGGACAAGUUCGGACGCUGGAAGGUGAAGAUCAACCAGUACAUGUUCAACGACUACUCCGAAGUCAACUGGAAGCUGUACGAUCCGAACGGCAACCACGCUGGUGGGCACAACGUUCACGGCAACGGCAUGAAGGAGAUGAAGGACUACAUCCAGUCCGUCAAUCGUCCCUUGGAGCACAUGAUGCCUUUCGGUGUUGACAUGACUGUCUCGAAUCCUCACGAUGUCAACAAGUGUGUUGUGAACUUCUCCAUCAAGAAGGAGAUGCCAGGCUGCAAAAAGUUCAACGGCGAACUAUGCAGGCCCUUUAUGACUACUGAAACUUUUACUGAAAGCGGGUUUUUCAUGGUCUCAGUGUGUGAUACCGAAUGCGGUUGGCUAAAUCUGAAGUCACUUCUAGAGCCGUCGGAUUUGUGGUGCCAGGACCUGAACGAUGCGGACUGGGAGCCUAUGGCGAACGGGUGGAAACGCAUCUUUGAGUGUGGGUGGAAGGGUUUUUGA